AUGUCAGUCUUUAAAUCUGUUACUUCUAAAGUUCCUAAUGGAUUAUUAAGAAGCCGUUCGCUGAACAGUCCAUUUUUAUUCUAUCAUCCUAAUGUGAUUGAUCAUUAUGAAAAUCCUAGAAAUGUAGGCUCUCUUGAUAAAAAUGACAAAGAUGUGGGAACAGGUUUAGUAGGAGCUCCAGCUUGUGGAGAUGUCAUGAAACUACAAAUUAGGGUAGAUAAAAAUGGGAAAAUAAUCGAUGCUAAAUUCAAAACUUUUGGUUGUGGUUCUGCGAUUGCAUCUAGUUCUUUAGCUACAGAAUGGGUUAAAGGAAAGACAGUUGAUGAGGCACUUAAAUUAAAAAAUACAGAUAUUGCUAAAGAAUUAUCUUUACCGCCUGUUAAAUUGCACUGUUCAAUGUUAGCAGAAGAUGCGAUUAAAGCAGCCCUAUCUGAUUACAAAAUUAAACAGAGUUCAAUAAAAAAAGACAUGGAAGAAAAAGCCAAAAGCGAACAGUCUGGUUAA